CUCGGAGCGCAGCCAACGCCUCAAGCGAAUGGAGAUGCGAAAGCGCCUCCCACUCGCGGUUUUUGCUGACAGCCCCAGCCAUUUUGAGCUCAGUUGUCGGCGGACGUUGUAGAAGGUGGUGGUUUGGAGAGCUGUUGUUGCUUGUGUUGUCUGUAAUCGGGCUUUGGUUUCAUUGUCUUUGAAAUCGCAAGCUAACCCCUUCCGAGAGAACUUCUAUCCUAGACGUCUGGUUUCUAUUUAGAUGGCAAGCUUUCCCGAUUUUGUAAACGAAAAUGAAAUAGGUGGGUAUGCAGCUAAUACAUACUUGGAAACAGGACUCUGACACUGUGAUCAGCUUUCUUUGUGCAGUGGAGGAAAAAUGUAAUGGUAAAAAAUAGCAGAGUCACUGUGCGAGCACAGAUCUACACCCAUACUCCCUAUAAUCUACCCUUAUAAUACAUAUUAUUAUAAUACUUUACUGGCAAGGAAGGGGUUAAACACCCAUAUAUAUCAAUUUAUUUUAAUAACCAAGUGCUUGCUCUAAAUGGGGAGUGAAUAGAUCACUGCUGUAUUGACCAUGUGACCCAGUACAUUCUUCCUUGAUGAGUGAUGUGUGUGUGUGUGUGUGUGUGUGUGUGUGUGUGUGUAUAUAUAUAUAUAUAUAUAUUUCCCUUUCUCACGACUUUCUUUAGUAGAUAGGGAGAGUGUGUCUGGUGGGUUUUUUUUAAAAUUAUUAUUAUUAUUAUUUAUUGAGAUUAUAAUCCACAUUUUAGUCCCUAUGGAACCUUUUGGGGAGGAUAAAGAUGAACUAAUAUUCCAUGUUCCUUUUGCAUGCUGCUCUGUGUUCUUUUCUCCCCAGCUGCUCUGCUUAGUCAUUUGGUGCUAUAAUAUUAUCGCCAUUUAUGUAGUGCCAACAGAUUCCGUAGCGUAAAAAAAAAAAAGGAACGAUGGGUUGAAGAGGACCCUGCUCAAACGAGCUUACAGUCUAUAGGAAGGGUAACAUACUGUAUUCUUUUAAAUUGAAAAAAUUUUGUGUUCGAACUGUUGAAUAGAUGGAUUGUGCUAAAAUAUCGGUUCUUAUUGCAAACUUUAUAGAUUGAUGGUCUAUGCUUCAACCACUUGGGAACACUUAUAUUGUUACAUUGUGACAGGCAAUGAAUAACAUUGGUGCAUUCAAAGAAAGAUUUCUGUUAAAUGUGUACCAGAGUAAAGCUUGACAAUCUUAUUUUUAUCACCUGAUCAUAUUAUCUAGUCUCCCCUAAAAACAAUUCUAAUACAUGACUGGAUAUUGCCUAACUCAAUAACACUGAUCCAGCUACAUAUGUUAUGGUUUUUGUUUUUUUGUUUAAACUUAUAAUUUAGAUUCUUGAGCUUUAUUAGACGUACAUCAUAUUUCAUCUUUUGUAGCUCUCCCUCUUUCUCCUAUUUGCGGUCACUGUUUUCACUUAACCCAACUCAUCUACAGAAUGUGUUGUUUCUUAGGAUAACUGUAUUACACUCUCCACUUAUACUUGCUGCCAUAAUGCUCGAGUAGCUUUGCAUGUCUCUGUGUACAUUACAUCAGCCCAUCCCCCUUAACUUUCUCUGGAAUUUACUUCACCUAUUUCUGCAGCUUGACACUCAUCCAACCAAACCACUUCAUUCCAUCCCUUCCCCUGUCCCUCCCUUCUUGUUUUUACCAUCCCCCCCCCCUUUCUAAUGACAUGUUCACUGUGGCAAACGCAUUCAUCCCGGAGAACCACCCUUUCCUUCAGAGCCAAUGAAAUGUAUUCUCUCUUUCUGUCUGAGACCACUGGCGUGUUUAUUUAUUUUUUUGACCUUUAGCUAACUAUUCAGAUCCUGCCUUUUUUGUUUGCUAUAAGCAAAUAACACGAGUUAAGUGUCUCUGAAACAGAAGCUUUUUGACGAAUAUAAAAAUAUACUUUUUUUUGUGUGUGUGUGUGUGCAAUGUUUACUUGACAUUGUCUUGCUUCACAUAUGUGACAAUAGUUAGUGUGUGUAUAAACAUCACAUAAGACAUUACAUUUUAACAAAUUAUUAGCUUUAAAGUGUGUGUGUCACUUGAGCCCUGUGCUCAGAGACCCCCCCUUCCCCCCCCAAUUAGAUCACACUAGUAGACAUGUUGGAAGUAUUUACUUGUGCAAAUGUAUUUUUUUAUUGGUUCUGUCAUGUCUUUUCAUUAUUUAAGAUGUUUCUGAUUCUCAAACGUGUUUAUGAAUCCCUCUUUUUCAGCAAGAUCACGGACCAUCGGGGAACUCAUAACACCGACUUCUCCAUUUGAGCAGAAGUAUGGCCGUGAAAACUGGACAGUGGCUUUCGCUCCAGAUGGCUCUUAUUUUGCUUGGUCUCAGGGUCACCGUAUUGUGAAACUGGUUCCAUGGUCUCAGUGCCUUAAAACCUUGUAAGUUAAUGUCUAUAGCUAGAUGUAUACUGUAUUGCUGAUUGACAGUCUUUGGUUCCCUGAACUAUUAUGCCUGAUAAUAAGCAAGAGCUGGAUUGUGAGAAUUAAUCAAAGCUGUGGGAAUAUUGAUCAUAUAUUUUUCAGCAAUUCCAUGUAUUCUUAAGCAUAGCCACUUUCUAUACUACAUGAUGAACAACAUAAUUUGCAGGUUUAACUGAAAAGGGUAACCAUUAUAAUUUUGCAUCUUACUUCUAGAACUUUGUCUCAUAAUUAACUAAGCGCUCCUGCAAUUUUAUUUUUAUUAAACUGCGGAUAUGAAUGUUUAGGUGCAUUCAUGAAAAUAUUGCAACAGGCACAUAAUUGGCUGAGUAUUGGCAUACAGUAUAUAAUUGCUGAGCUUUGCAACAUUACUGUUGGACUGUGUGUGGAAUGCAUUGGCCUUUAAAAAAAAAAAAAAAAAAAGAAAAUAGAGAAUAGGUUGCUUUCCUCCAGGGUCUAGGUAACUUGAAUCUGGUUUUCUGAACACCCAUUUCUCUUUUCAGUACUACUUGCAGCACAAAGAAUAGUGUCAACUUGUCAAACACAAAGUUAUCCAGGCAAGACAGUGAUGGUGGUCAGAAAAAUAAGCCACGUGAGCAUACUAUAGAUUGUGGAGACAUUGUCUGGAGCUUAGCUUUUGGGUCAUCUGUGCCAGAAAAGCAAAGUCGUUGUGUGAAUAUAGAAUGGCACCGUUUCAAGUUUGGACAAGAUCAGCUUCUGCUGGCAACAGGACUGAGCAAUGGGCGCAUCAAAAUAUGGGAUGUUUACACAGGUACUUUACUUCCUUCAUAUUAAGUAGUAGAACAGAUUAAAAAUAUAUAUAUAUUAUGGUAUUUUUGUGUGUAGAACAGUCCUUUAACAAUGCACGUGAAUGUAUGCAUGUAACUAGACACAAAGUUAAAUUCAGUUUUGUAUGAACUAUUAAGCCAAGCACAUGUUUACAUUUGUUCCAGUCAAACUUUUGUCAUUUUAUUAUUGCAACGUAAACCUGGGUGAUAAGUGUGUGUGUGGUUGUAUUUGGGGAAACUGUAGUCUACUUUUAUGGCGUCUUCCUCCUUUCUGGUAGGCGAGAAGGGGACGAGUCUUGUUAUGGUUGAGCAGAGGCAUUCCUGAAUCCAAAGGUCACAUGCUGAUAUUGGUGGUGCAGAAUGUACUUUUUAACCAUUUAUUGCUGAAAAGAAAGCUGAAAUAUCUUCAGUGAAAAAAUGUUUAACCCCAUAAAAAAAACUACAAUAUUUUGUAAUGUGCAGCUUUUAUAAGCUCCCAUAAAAUUCCCAUUUAAAUAAACUGCUUUUGUAAGAAAUAUUGUGUAUUAAAGUAAAGUUACACCUGUUUGUCUUGUAAACGUGGCUCAGACAAUAUUAAAGUUUGAUGCAUGAAUUGUUUUUUUCCACUUUGGUUACACAGCACAUAAAUGUUUUAUGAUAAACCUUUGUUCUGUGUUUGCAAUACUAUCAAACUGAUAACCCAGAGGCGUCUAAAGGCAAAUAAGAGCAUACACUUUUUUUUUUUUUUUUAAAGCUGUGUAGAAAUUUACAAGCAUCUAACAAGCUAAUCUUAAAUGAAAAGUGUAGCUAAUGAGCUCUAAUUGCUUUUUGAAUUAUUCCAGCAAGACCAAAUAUAAUCGUGCUUCUUUAUAAAUCAAUGGUAAGACCACACCUUGAAUAUGUGAUCCCAUUUUGGGCACCAAUUUUAAAGAGAGAUAUGGCAGAACAUGCAAAAUAACUUUGGGAAAUGAAAUAUAUUUGUUACGAAUAAAGGCUAGAGGAAAAAAAACUGUUUUCUUAACUUGUUAUAUACAAUGUCUGUACAAACCGACAUGUGCUAAUGUGUUCAUUAGAAAUCUAAACCGGUAAAGGUUACCCAUUGAAACAGGAAGAAAGGUGUUUUUGCCUUGCAACAUGUCAAAGGGUUCUUUACGGUAAGAAUAAAGAUCUAGAAUUUUGUACUCAGAGGGUUUUUAUAAGAUUCUAUACAAAUAUAUAUAAUUUUUUUUUUUUAAGCGUGGAUGGUUAUUUUUUGCAAAAACAAAAAUAUUCAGGCAUAUAACUGAUAUGUACGUGAAAGGUUGUUGAUCCAAGGAGAAAUCAGAUUACCAUUAUGCAGUCAAGAAGGAUUUUUUAAAAUCCCAUUUUGAGGCAUAAUUGGAAAUGGUUACAACUUUUUUUUUUUUUUUUUCCUCCUUCUUCUCUCACUAGGCUAUGUAACAUGUUAUUGUUUAUUUUGUUGGUGGUAUUGUGUAAUAAGACACAUCUAAUGGAUUUUACCCUUUUUUGUCCUUGCAGGAAGGCUCCUCCUUAAUCUAAUGGAUCAUACUGAAAUUGUUAGAGAUUUAACUUUUGCCCCGGAUGGUAGCCUUAUACUUGUUUCUGCUUCAAGAGACAAAACUCUCAGGGUCUGGGAUCUCAAGGACGAUGGUAAAUUUGAGUUGUGUGUUUUUUUUUUUGUUUUGUUUUUUUCUUUGUACUAGUAAACUUAAAGGGACACUAUAGUCACCCACACCACUUCAGCUCAAUGAAGUGGCCUUGGUGUCGGGUCCCUCUAGGGUUAACCCUGCCUGAUGUAAACAUAGCAGUUUCUA